AUGAGUCGGCUAUCCCCAACCCUCCCUCCCGUAAUUUCCCCUUCGAUCCAGCUUCCCCUUGCCCCACCGGUAGCCACCCCCUCGUGCCAUUUUCCCUUCGCGCCCUCGGCCGGCGACCUGCGCGGUCUUUCUGCCCCAGCCCGAGCCCCGUGCGGCCUAUGGUUUCCCUUCGUCUCCCCGGUGGCUGGCACCCCCAAUUCCCCGCGCGUGCUGUCUCGCUCCCUCCUUCCCGCCUUUCGCUUGCCCGUCCUUCGGCGGUAUACGGAUGCGCUCCGCCCCGUGGUACGCGUGUCCAGCCGCCACCUGGCAACCGAAUGCCUCGUAACACUGCUUGAGACACACAGCAAUCUCACAAAACUGGGCUUCGUCUCGUUGAAAAAUUACGGAAGAUGGUUGGUGUGGCAUUGAAAUUGAAUUUUUUCAUUCUUUUGAGAUUGACCGGUGUUUUGAGUAAUCCCACGACCUCAAAUUGACCAAGCAAAGUCCCAGGGCACACAUCAGUGCAGAUUGCAGCACAAGCAGUUGAGGACACCAAGUACAGCUUUUCGGCUCCAGCUUCAAGUACGUCUUGCCGCCACAAUUUUCGAUUUCCUGCUUUAGGACGUGCACAGCAGUCAGAAAACAGUCAUAGAGGCUUCGUGAGACUGGAGUCUUGAAGCAUUCAAGCGUCACCCUAGAAAGGCUGCACUCCAGAAUACAUUUUGCUUGCUUUGCAUCAUUCUCACCUCCAAUCAAUCGUUUUGGGAAUAGGCCAGGCUGGUCGCAUUAGAAGAAUCCCUCCGUGUGUAAUCAUGGCUUCUCAGAAGACAGCGUUUGAAGUCUCGAGCCCAUUGGCGAGACCCAUGAAUUCACGCAUUUCUGUGCAACUCCAAGAGAGCCCGUGCCAAGCACUUCAGAGUCGCAGGACACAGAAGGUCGCAAGGCAGAAUAUCGAUGCAAAUGGAAGUGGACAAAAGCAGUAAGCAACGAGAUAACUCCAAACCCCGGCAGACUCAUAUUUCCCCGGAAUUGGCAAAUCAAGCCAUUAAUGAUGCUAUUACAUACUCAGGUGGGGACGUUGUGGUUAUGGCUAGAACCUGUGCAAGUGGAUUUUGUGAUGCAUUACAACAAUGCUAUGGUUCAGAAGAAAUAUCAGAUGUGUUUACUGCUUGCGGCUCAGGUUUAAACGGCUUAAUUGGAUUGCAAGUCGCUGUAGAGCUGCAGAAGAGAGGUUAUGCACCAGCGGUCUAUGCUGCAGAGCAAUCUAAGCAUGCUAAUUUCCGAUAUGUCUGCGAUGAAGCCGGAAUCGACUUGCACGACUUCAUUCCCAGCACGCUAGAGUUUUAUUAUGACAUCGUUGUAGAUGCCUUGCUUGGAACUGGCUUUGAUGGGGGGGACAUUCGACAACAGUACUGGACUGUUUACGAGAUGCUAAUCUCAACUCGGCUUGCGAUUGUGAGCCUUGAUGUACCAUCUGGCUGGGAUCUUUCGACGGGUCCAAGAAAAAUUGAUGUGACAGCAGAUUCGUUUAUCAAACCCGAAGUGCUAGUGUCUUUAGAAGCACCAAAGCUUGGA